AUCACCUCGGGUCGAUAGCAAACGAGCUAACUAGCUCCACACAGCCAAAACACAGUGCGGAGGCAGACCCGCGGUUUAUUUAUUUUAAUAUAUUUAUUUAUUUAUUUUAUUAUUUUUAAAUAUUAAAACAUUAAAUCGGUUGUUUGCAGAGACUGGGACGAAAGAGGAGGAGAAUGGUGGUCCCUGAUGGAGUGAGUGCCCUUCAGCCGGCGGACAGAGGUGAUGCAGACGAGGUGAUGUCCAGCUCAGAGCCAGAGUUCGGACCCCAUCUGACCGCGGUGGAGCUGGAGGAGGUGCGUAAGCUUCAGGAGCUGGUGCGCCGUCUGGAGGUCCAGAAUCAAGCGCUUCGCUCCAGGGGCAGCAGACUCGUGCUGGGGGCCGCCAGCAACAGCAACCUGUCCACCGGAGCCAACAUCAGUAACCUGCACGACGGCAUGGACACUUCUCCCGGAGCAGAGGAUGCUGGGAAGCGGGCGCUGUCGCCUCCAGCGGGCUGCAGUAGCAGCGAGGACAUGUCUCCAGUGCCUGAGACCUCCAGGCCGGAGGAUGAGGAUGAGGAGGAGAGGACCAGAUUCCUGAGCUCGCCGGGUGCUUCAGCCUCCGAACACACGCUGGACCGCUUCGAGCCCAGUCUGUCUCCUGAGAUGUGUGAUUCUGAGACGCUGGGAGCGAGGGAUGCGGGUAUGGACCAGUCCGCCCUGGACGAGGUGGAUGAGCUUGAUUUAGAGACGUGUGCUCAGGCCGAGGACGAAGACCGCUGGUUGUACGUUUCACCGAAGAAGCAGGUUGUGGCUGAGCAGGGGCCCGAAUCUCCUCUGAAAUGGUGUCGGAAGUUCCUCGAUCAUCCCAGUCCAGAGACCGAAGUCGCCUGUCGGACGCUCAUCCACCGGCUAGACCAAACGUCCAGAUGGAAGAACGUGUACAGCAGCUCGUCUCAGUCCAGUGAGGCUGGCGUCUCCACGUCCUCGUCUGCUGGGUACCUCAAAUCAACUAACAAAACACUACUAACCUCUGGCAGCUCAGGUCUCACGGGCGUUCCCCCUGCGCUCAGCUCUCAGUCGUCUGUGGACAGUGAGGUAAGCACCUCGGAUGACUCCAUCUCUAUGGGCUACAAGCUGCAGGACCUGACGGAUGUCCAGAUAAUGGCUCGUCUGCAGGAGGAGAGUCUCCGUCAGGACUACGCCUCGACCUCGGCCUCGCGCCGCAGCUCCUCGUCCUCCCUGCAGUCUCUGCGUCGAGGCACCUACAGCGAUCAGGAGCUGGACUCCUACAGUCUGGAGGACGAGGAGGACGAGUGCUGCUCUCUGACACACAGCUCGUCCAGCCGCCUGGCCUCUCCACGCACACGUGUGUCCCGCCGCUCCCUGCAGGGCCCGGGGCCCAAGAGCGAGGAGGAGCUCAGGCACAGCAUGCCUAACCUGACCCCGCGCAGCAGCCUGCGGUCUCUGGAGGCCCUCAGAAACAGCCGUAGCAUGGAGGCUAACUUACAGAGCUCAGGCCAACGCACGUCCCGUCUGCCCCAGACCCCCACAGGUGUAUCAUCUGCGAGGAUGAGGGCCGAGGGCCAGUCCCCUCUCUAUCUGCGGGCUCCUAUGAAAGCGCUGAGUCCCGUGAGCUCUAUGUCUGCGGUGCGACAGCAGGCCAAAGGGCCAGCGAGUGCCCAGCGAGGCAUGAGGAGGGUGCAGUCGCCAGGUCCCACCAAUGGGGCGUCCAGCUCUGCUGCUGUCGCCCGUCAGACUUCAGGAAGAGGCCUGACACCCGCUUCACCUUCCUCCAGAGGCAGACUUCCACAGACGCCCAGGAGCAGAUCUCUGGGAACGACCAAACCGUGUGCUCCCAUCACCGAUGAAUCCUGGAAAGAUGGAUGUUACUGAAGCGGUUUCCCUCGCGGUGCUGAUAAAGACAUGGCAGAGAAAAAUACUAAAACAGGAAUCAGUGCUGAGAGGAACGAUGUUUGCAUUCAAAGACUACAGCAAAUCGAUUUUCAAAUAUCAAUAUACUUUUAUUUUCUUGAGAAUGGGGAUGUAUGAAAAAAGUACGAGAACUUGAAUAGUGAAAAAGGUUUGAUGUCUCGUAGUACAUGUAGUUUUUGUGAAACAAUGUGUGGAAUUUAAUUCCUAAAUGCUGUGGUGUAACCUGCUGUUGGUUUUGCAUGUUCAUCUAUUUUAGAAAUGAAGGAUAUAUAUGAUUUUUAUUUGUGGAAAUAAUUGAGAAUUUUUAAUUUGAUGAAGGAAUCUGAUUCUGUAAAGCAAGACGUUUGUCCGUUUUGUACGGUCAAGAGAAAACAGCAAUAUUGAAAGACCGUUUUCACAAAAAAUUGACCUCAGAGAAGAAGAAAACACUUGUCAUUAUUAUUAUUAUUUUUUUUAACUGAGAUCACAUCAUUGUGCCAAGGUGCAUUACUACUGCAACACUGUUCCUCCUUAAUUCAGAGUGUUACUUCACUUUCAGGAAGUUUCAAUAUGCAUUUUGAUGCCUGUUUAGUCUAGGUGUACUGAGCCAGUGAAAUUUGAAAUAUCUGAGUAUGCAAUGACAAUGGGGUGCCUCAGAAAAUCAAUAAAUCAAUUUCAGCAAUAAA